CAACAUAAACAGAGUAACAAGAACCUUGCUCAUUCAAUAAACAUUCAUCUACGACCUAUGUGGCUUCAGCUUUGUACUAGGUGCUAAAUACAUGGGAUCCAUGCAGACAUGGCCUUUGCCCUGUUGGAGACUUGUUCCAACCAUAGUCCCAUAUAGGGGUGUCAAUUCCAGAAGUCCAAACCUAAGAGACUGAAGACCAAAGAGAGGAUCAGAGUUCCAGUUUCCUUUAUACAUACCUCACUUUACCCAGGGUAAUGGACAGCUAGAAUAACCUCCUCUUUCAGGGGAGAGAUGUCCCUACCAUUUGCACAUUACCUUGCACCUUCAACUUGAUUACUAUUUAAUAUCAUAGCUCCAAUAUGUCAUCAUGUGCGCAAGAGAUACACCACAGUAAGCGAAUUCACAAGAGGGUGAUUUAUAAGCCAUGUUAUUAUUUAUUAUGAGAAAUAAUGUUAUGAGAACUGCAUAGGUUCAAGAAGAGACCAGAAAAGUCACCUACUAGAUCAUUCAGACAUGAAGGUUACUCCCUAUCAACCUCAAUUGAAAUGCAAAUCAAAACAGAAAUGUCCAACUCUCUUAGGAGGCAACAAGCAUCCUGAGACCCUGGGUCCUGUCUUUCAUCUCUGCACCCUUCCGGUCUGAAACAGCGGCCAGUUCUUGUUUGAUGUAAGGAAUAGUAGUACCCAAGGGCUCAGGAGUUCCGCCUCUCUUCUCCAGCUCUAGGAAAAAAAACGAACCAUAGAGAUGUGGUUUCCUAGAGAUCCGGGAUGAGGGGGGCGGUGCAACCGGAAGUCGCAGUAUCCUCGGCUCGGCCAUUAUUCUGUGCCUCGGCUGCCGCAAGGGCUAGUUCCUGUGUCAUCUCCUAGCGGCCUGGCGCCGAGGCGGCGGUACCCAAGGCUGGAGCCGCAGCGGGAGCCCCCGAUCUUGUAGAUGAUACUCUCCAAGCUCUAAGGAAGAAGUCAAGCAUUAAGGAGACCUGGACUGGAGAGGAGCCUUUUUCAAAAAACAACAAUGACAAGAGAAAAUUGGGCCCACAAUGCUCUGAGACAAGAGGGCCUUGUGAAGGGGAAGGAUGAUACCUGGAAAUGGGGAACCAGCUUCCAAGGAAGCAGCUCCUCUGUUUGGGAGACCUCCCACCUACACUUUAGACAAUUACGUUACCAUGAGACAUCUGGACCCCAGGAGGCCCUGAGCCGGCUCAGGGAACUCUGUCGCCGGUGGCUGAGACCAGAAGCACGCACCAAGGCACAGAUCCUGGAGCUGCUGGUGCUGGAGCAGUUUCUGAGCAUCCUGCCUGGGGAGAUUCGGACCUGGGUACAGCUCCAUCACCCUGGAAGUGGCGAGGAGGCUGUGGCCCUGGUAGAGGAGCUGCAGAAAGACCUUGAUGGACCAGCAAUACAAGUUCCAGUCCUUGUCCAGGAUCAGGACACUCUCCAGAAGGCGGUGAGUGCCCCAGGAACAACACUUCCUCCUGUACUUCCUGGCAGCCACAUAGCAGCUGAAAUUUGCCCGCAUCCUCCUACUGACCUAGUGGCAUUCAACCUCCAGGAUCCUCAGCAUGAUUCUCCUGCCCCUGAAGCUUCUGCCCUUUCCCAGGAAGAGAACCCAAGAAAUCAAUUAAUGGCACUUAUGCUCCUAACAGCCCAGCCCCAGGAGUUGGUGAUGUUCGAGGAGGUGUCAGUAUGCUUCACUUCAGAGGAAUGGGCAUGUCUGGGCCCAAUCCAGAGGGCCUUGUACUGGGAUGUGAUGCUGGAGAAUUAUGGAAAUGUGACCUCUCUAGAAUGGGAGACCAUGACUGAGAAUGAGGAGGUGACAUCAAAGCCAAGUAGUUCUCAAAGAGCAGACUCUCAUAAAGGAACAUCAAAAAGACUUCAAGGAAGUGUUCCCCAGGUCCUUGAUUUUGAAGAAGAGUGUGAAUGGCAAGUUUUGGCAAGUCAGUGGGGAAAUGAAACAGAUGAAAGGGCAGAUACAGUGAAGAAAGGUUCCCUGUGUGAACGAGACAAGAAGAAAAGGACUCCACCAGAGAAACAAGGCCAAAAGUGGAAGGAAUUUGGAGACAGCUUGACUUUCAGUUCAGCUAUUUCUGAAACUUUAAUAGGUACUGAAGGAAAGAAGUUUUAUAAAUGUGAUAUAUGUUGUAAGCAUUUUAAUAAAAUCUCCCAUCUUAUAAACCAUCGGAGAAUCCACACUGGUGAGAAACCUCAUAAAUGUAAGGAAUGUGGAAAAGGCUUUAUUCAGCGUUCGAGCCUUCUAAUGCAUUUACGGAACCAUUCAGGGGAGAAACCUUAUAAAUGUAAUGAAUGUGGGAAAGCAUUUUCUCAAAGUGCUUACCUUCUAAACCAUCAGAGGAUCCACACUGGGGAGAAACCUUAUAAGUGUAAAGAGUGUGGAAAGGGCUUCUAUAGACACUCAGGCCUAAUUAUACAUCUAAGGCGCCAUUCAGGGGAGAGACCUUAUAAGUGUAAUGAAUGUGGGAAAGUUUUCUCUCAGAAUGCUUACCUCAUUGACCAUCAGAGGCUCCACAAAGGGGAAGAACCUUAUAAAUGUAACAAGUGUCAGAAAGCUUUCAUUCUGAAGAAAAGCCUCAUUCUGCACCAGAGAAUCCACUCUGGGGAAAAACCCUAUAAAUGUGAUGAAUGUGGAAAGACCUUUGCUCAGACCACUUACCUUAUUGACCAUCAGCGACUCCACAGUGCAGAGAACCCUUACAAGUGUAAAGAAUGUGGAAAAGUUUUCAUUCGAAGUAAAAGCCUCCUCUUACAUCAGAGAGUCCACACAGAAAAGAAAACCUUUGGUUGUAAAAAGUGUGGGAAGAUUUUCAGUUCUAAGUCAAACUUCCUUGACCAUAAGAGGAUGCACAGCAGAGAGAAACCUUAUAAAUGCACUGAAUGUGGGAAAGCCUUUACUCAAAGUGCUUACCUUUUUGACCACCAGAGACUCCACAAUGGGGAGAAGCCCUAUGAAUGUAAUGAAUGUGGGAAAGUUUUUAUUCUGAAGAAGAGCCUCAUUUUACAUCAAAGGUUCCACACUGGAGAGAAUCUCUAUGAAUGUAAAGAUUGUGGCAAGGUCUUCGGUUCAAACAGAAACCUCAUUGACCAUGAGAGACUCCACAAUGGGGAGAAGCCAUAUGAAUGUCAGGAGUGUGGGAAAACCUUUAUUAUGAGCAAAAGUUUUAUGGUCCAUCAGAAACUCCAUACACAAGAGAAAGCCUACAAAUGUGAAGACUGUGGGAAGGCUUUCAGUUACAAUUCAAGCCUGCUUGUACAUCGGAGAAUCCACACUGGAGAAAAACCCUUUGAAUGUGGUGAGUGUGGAAGAGCUUUCAGUUCAAACAGAAACCUCAUUGAGCAUAAGAGAAUCCACAGUGGUGAGAAACCCUAUGAGUGUGAUGAGUGUGGCAAAUGCUUCAUUCUGAAGAAAAGCCUCAUUGGACAUCAGAGAAUUCACACGAGGGAAAAAUCUUAUAAAUGUAAUGACUGUGGGAAAGUCUUCAGUUACCGCUCAAACCUUAUAGCCCAUCAGAGGAUCCACACUGGCGAGAAGCCCUAUGCAUGCAAUGAGUGUGGAAAAGGUUUUACCUACAACAGAAACCUAAUUGAACAUCAAAGAAUUCACAGUGGAGAAAAAACCUACGAAUGUCUUAUAUGUAGGAAAGUCCUUACCUCUAGUAGAAAUCUUAUGGUACAUCAAAGAAUCCACACUGGAGAGAAACCUUAUAAAUGUAAUGAGUGUGGAAAAGACUUUAGUCAGAAUAAAAACCUUGUUGUACAUCAGAGAAUGCACACUGGGGAAAAACCUUAUGAGUGUGAGAAGUGUAGGAAAUCCUUUACUUCUAAGAGGAAUUUAGUUGGCCACCAGAGAAUUCACACAGGGGAGAAACCCUAUGGGUGUAAUGAUUGUAGUAAAGUUUUUAGGCAAAGAAAAAACCUUACUGUACAUCAGAAAAUCCACACAGAUGAAAAACCUUGUGAAUGUGAUGUGUCUGAAAAAGAAUUCUGUCAGACUUCCAGCAUUCAUCUUCAACAGAAGAUCCAUACCAUUGAGGAAUUGUCUUGGCUACAAAACACCCAUGAGUCCAAGAUUGAGAUUCAGAAAAUCUAGUGUCAUAUAUAAAAUGGAAUAGAAUCCCUGCCUACUUAAGUAACUGUUGGACAAAUGAUACAUAUUUCUUCUAAGAAAAAAGUUUAUUAUUUACUCUUUAAUAGACAAAUGAGUCGCAUAUAGAAGAAAGUUAAUAGGCCGGGCAUGGUGGCUCACACCUGUAAUCUCAGCAGUUUGGGAGGCCGAAGCGAGUGGAUCACCUGAGGUCAGGAUUUCGAGCCCAGCCUGACCAACAUAGUGAAACCCCGUCUCUACUAAAAUACAAAAAUUAUCCAGGCAUGGGGGCACAUGCCUGUAAUCCCAGCUACUCAGGAGGCUGAGGCAGGAGAAUCACUUGAACCCAGGAGGGCGGAGGUUGCAGUGAGCUGAGAGCAUGCUAUUGCACUCCAGCCUGGGCAACAAGAGCAAAACUCUGUCUGAAAAAAUAAAAGAAAGUUCAUCCCAACUUUCAAGUCUACAAAAACAUAAUUCAAAUCUAAUAACAUAGUUGUAAAUGACAGCAACAAUAUCUUUGUAUGAAAAAGUAGACAUGGGCUGGGUGCAGUGGCUCACUCCUGUAGUCCCAGGACUUUGGGAGGCUGAGGUGGGAAGAUCACUUGAGCCCAGGAGUUGGAGACAAACUUGGGCAACAUAGGGAGACCCAUCUUUAGUAAAUAAAAAUAAAUUUAUUAAUAAAAUUAAAAAUUUAAUCAUAAAAAGUGGACAUUGGUUUUUAAAAUGUGUAUAGUAUGCAUUUUAAAGAUAGCGUCACUGCUAUAGAAAACCUGAAGACAGUAUGAUCCAGAAUGGUCAGGUGUGGAGUUGAGUGGACAAGAGUCUGCUGAUGAGGACAACCUAAGAAGAGCACUGGAUUUGGAAUCAGAAGACCUACCUUUGAUUCCUGGCUUUCCCUUAAUGGCCAUGUGAUGUUAUUAAGUCAGCCCUAAAGCCUCAGUUUCCUGUCAAAUGUUGACAUGAUACCUACCUCACAGGGUUGUUGUGAGGGUUACAUGAAAGGAUCUUUGUGAAAGUGCUUUUUGAAAUCAUUCAGUUGUCAAUAAAGUUGGAUAAAAGAGGUUAUGGUCAAAGUUUAAAACAUGGGAUCACGUAAGUUUGUGUAUUAAGUCAAUAUUAGAAUGAGGGGGAUUCUAUGAACCUAAAAGAUGCUCAUUUUUGUAAGAGGAAGUAUGGUGAAUAGCUAACUGGAAUUUAGUGCUGUAAGAAUAAUUUUUUUAAUUUACCUUUAAAAAUAAGGGAGUUAAUAGAUUAUAUAUCUAGUUUAUGUGUAUGGAAAAAAUGUUAUGGCCAGCCAUUAACAGUGAUGCUAAGGAAAACAAUUUAUUUUCCAGCUUUUGAAUUUGAAACUUAACAGAUGUAGAGUGUUAAAAUGGAAGGGCAGUGGUACCCUGCUUUCCCUAUCCAGAGGGAAAAAAUCCUUGACCGAGCAGUUGAGCUGAUGAUCCCCGCCACAGUCAUUGCCAAUUCUAAUCAAUAUUUCAUCAUUGCUGUCAAAUGAUAGCCUGUUACUCAUGAAACAGCAUUCUGUCCCAGCACUAAAUUUACUGGGUCAUAAAUUUUUCUUACGGAGCCAAGCUCUUCACUGAUUAAGCCAAUGCAGUCAGUGCCCAUUAACCCCUGUGAACCAUUCUGUGUCCUUGAGUACAUUUGUAGGUUUUAACUCAGUCUAUAUUUUUGAGUUGGUAAUUUUUAUGUUGUAAUUCUCAAAGUUCUGUUUCUGUAGCUGGACUGUGAAUAAUAUCUGAAUAUGAAGAUUAUGUUUUUUAAUAAUGUCAGAGUGGUAUUUUGAUUAUCAUAAAUGUUACUAAUUCAACCGCACAGUUCUUGGGGGCUGGUUCCUCAUUAGAAUGAAAGGUAACCAAGAGUGAAAACUGAAAGGGGCCUAAGGCUUAAAGUCUUAAGACCUAGAUGUGGGUCACGUUUUGCCAUCUGCCUCAGAAAAAAUCUCUUCAGUUCUUGGAGCCUUGAAUUCCUCAUCUGUCAAACAGGAGGAAGAAUAUCUACCUCACAAAGUUCUUAUGAGAUAAUGAAUAUGAAAAUGCUUCAUCUAUGUUGUAGAAGAAUCACCCCAGCUUAUAUAAUAAUUGCAAAGGACAUAUGUAGUUUAACAGUAGAGACUGCUGUCAUUUGCCUCUUCAGCAAGUAACAAAAUGUAACAUUGCUUAGAUUGAGACAGCCCACAUAAUGUGCCACCUCCUGUGAUGUAAUAAGCUGAAAAAUGUUCAACCUGAAUUUCAUUAAGCUUCUUGGACCUCAUUGCCAGGUUACAGGAAAUACAGGAGGCAGAGGAACAAAUAAAAGACACCACGAGAAACAAAUCCAGAACAUGGAAUAUUGUAUAAGAAAGCUGCCCUGGAUUCUUCUUCAAAAUAUGAUGAUGAUGAAAAAGAGAGGGGACUGAAAAUUGUUCAAGCUGUCUGAGUCUACUGUGAGUUUAUUAUGCCAUUCUCUGCUUUUGUGUAUGUAUGAAAAUUUCCAUAUGAAAGGUAUAAAACAUGGAUGAGGAGGCUUGUUUUUAAAAGAUGAUACUAAAGAGCCAUUAGAUACUAAGAACCAGAAAUAGACUCACAUAAAUGGCCAAUUGAUUUUUGACAGGGGCAAAAGCAAUUCAAUGGAGGAGGGAUAGCCUUUUCAGCAAAUACUGUUGGAGCAAUUGGAUAUCCAUAGGCAGUAAACCAACAACUUCAGGACCCAGGACUGAGCUAAGAAGGCUCAGAUGACUCAAAAGCAUGCUCCUUGGAAGGAAAAAAAAAUGUUAAAUUGGACUUCAUCAAAAUUAAGAUAAUUUGCUCUGUAAGAGACAUUUUUACAAAGAUGAAAAGAUAUUACAAGUUGGGAGAAAAUAUCUGCAAAUCAUAUCCAACAAAGGAUUUGUAUGUAAACUACAUAAAGAACUUUCAAAAUUUAACAGUAAUAAGUAAAUACAAUUAGAAAAUAAAAGACAUUUCACUGAAGUAUACAUAGCAAAUAAGCAAAUGAAAAAAUGUUCAACAUCAUUAGGCAUGAGGGAAAUGCAAAGGAAAAUCAUGAGAUAUCACCACAUUCCUAUCAGAAUAGCUAACUUUUUUUUUUUUUUUUAAUGGUGGUAACUGCUGGCAAGGAUGCAGAGAAACAGGAUCUGAUACUGUUUCUCUGGAAAUGUAAAAUGGUAUAGCCACUCUGGAAUAUAAUUUGGCAGUUUCUUGUAAAACCAAACAUGUGUAUGUCAUGCCUCAAGAAUUGCACUCCUGAGCAUUUAUCCCAGAGAAAUGAAGACUUGCGUUCACACAAAAACGUGUAUAUGAAUGCUCAUAGCAGCUUUAUUUGUAAUGGUCAAAACCUGUAGGCAACCCAUAUAUCCUUCCUUAGAUGGUUAAAACAAAUUGUGGUUUAUGUAUUACCAUGGAAUACUUGUUACUCCGCAAUAAAAUUGACUGACUUAUUGAUAUCCGUAACAACUCAAAUAAAUUUCAAGAAAAUUAAUGCUGAGUGAAAAUAAUCACAAAAGACCAUGUUGUGUAUGAAAAUGUUCAUAUAACAUUCUCAAAAUGAUAAAACUAUAGAGAUGAAAAAUGAAUUAAUGGUUGCCAAAGGUUAGGGAUGGUGGGAGGGAAAAUGGGGAGAGGGUUGGAUGUAACUAUAAAGAGGUAGCACCAGGAAAGUCUUGAUGGUGAUGGAACACUAGUGUAUCUUGAUUGUAGUGGUGGUUAGACAAAUCUGUAUGUGCUAAAAAUGACAAAAGUAUACACACAUACUGUACCAAUGUUGAUUUCCUUUUUCAUAUUAUGUAAGAUGUAACCAUGAGGGGAAAGUGGGUGAAGGGUGUUAUUUUUGCAUCUUCCUGUGAAUCUAUCAUUUCAAAAUAAAAAGUAAAAACCAACAAUGACAACCAAAACCCAAAACUAAAGAGCCAUAACCAAAUAAAGUGUGUGAAACUGAUUUGAAAAAAAAGUUAUACAUGUUUCAAGACAAUUGGGAAAUUUGAAUAUGAUUGGUUAUUAGAUGGUAUUAGGGAAUUUUUGUUGAUUUUCUUACCUGUGACGGUGAUGGUAGUUUGAAGAAUAUUCUUAAUCUUAUGAGAUGCAUGUUGAAGUAUUUGGAAUUAAUGUUCUGAUGUUUACAACUUAAAAAAAAAAAAAAGAUUUUAAGUACGUAUUGAGAGAUCAGGCAAACAUAGCAAAAUGUUCGUUGUUGAGUCCAGAUGGAAAAUACGGGUAUUCAAUGUGCCAUACUUUCAACUUUUAUGUACUCUGAUAUUUUCAAAAUAAAAUAUUUGAGGGGAAAUUAUCAGGGCUUUUUACAGAUUAAUGCUGUGUAGCUUCAGGCUCUUGGGUGCGCGCCACGCCUGAGUGUUCUAUCCCUGCUUGGGGAUGCGCCCCUCCCUGAGGCUCACUUAGAGCUUCCAACCGCACAAUCCUCCUAAGCGUUUCGCCCCAUCCCUGGUGUGGGGCGACACUGGACACCCAUCGAGAGGAAAGCACCUCCGAGAUUCCUAGAGAGGCCGGCUUGGCUACUUGGGGAGCCGGAAGCCCAUCCCGAGACACUUCCUGUCCGGUCAUUGUUCUCGUACCGAUGGGAGCUGAGGUCCCGGUCAGCCGGCCUCAUGCUGCAGAGCCAGUGAACUCAGGUCGGGCUUCUCAGCUGCGAACAUAGGCAGUACUCAUCUUGGCCCUGGAAAGAAACUCAAGAAGAAGCUUUUGAAACAUAAAGCUUAGAUGGGGUUUGACCUCUGCUGGGCAGCUCCCAUCUGUAUGAGUUCCCCUGCUGAGCAGAGAAGAUGACUGCAGAAUUGAGAGAAGCCGUGGCCCUAGCUCCAUGGGGCCCAGUGAAGGUGAAAAAGGAGGAGGAGGAAGAAGAAAACUUCCCAGGUCAGGCAUCCAGCCAACAAGUGCACUCUGAGAACAUCAAAGUCUGGACCCCAGUGGAGGGUCUUCAGACAGGCCUUGAUGGAUCAGAAGAGGAAGAAAAGGUGAUGAAACCAAGAACCUACAGUUACUGGUUCCAAAAACUGAGAUAUGUGAGGAAGCUGAAAAACCCCUCAUCAUAUCAGAAAGAAUCCAGAAAGCUGAUCCUCAAGGACCUGAGUUAGGAGAAGCUUGUGAAAAAGGAAACAAGUUAAAGAGGCAGAGAAUAAAGAGGGAAAAGAAAGAUUUCAGACAAGUGAUAGUGAAUGACCGUCAGUUAUCUGAAAGCUUCAAAGAAGAAGAAAACCAGAAAUGUAAGAAAUCUGGGGGAAAAUACAGCCUUAAUUCUGGCGCUGUUAAAAAUCCAAAAACCCAGCUUGGGCAAAAGCCUUUUACAUGUAGCGUGUGUGGGAAAGGAUUUAGUCAGAGUGCAAACCUCGUUGUGCAUCAGCGAAUCCACACUGGAGAGAAACCCUUUGAAUGUCAUGAGUGUGGGAAGGCCUUCAUUCAAAGUGCAAACCUCGUUGUGCAUCAGAGAAUCCACACUGGACAGAAACCUUAUGUUUGCUCAAAAUGUGGGAAAGCCUUCACUCAGAGUUCAAAUCUUACUGUACAUCAAAAAAUCCACUCCUUAGAAAAAACUUUUAAGUGCAGUGAAUGUGAGAAAGCCUUUAGUUACAGCUCACAACUUGCUCGGCACCAGAAAGUCCACAUUACAGAAAAAUGCUAUGAAUGUAAUGAAUGUGGGAAAACAUUUACUAGGAGCUCAAACCUCAUUGUCCACCAGAGGAUCCACACUGGGGAGAAGCCCUUUGCUUGUAACGAUUGUGGCAAAGCCUUUACCCAGAGUGCAAAUCUCAUUGUACAUCAGCGAAGCCAUACUGGUGAGAAGCCAUAUGAGUGUAAAGAGUGUGGGAAAGCCUUUAGUUGUUUUUCACACCUUAUUGUGCACCAGAGAAUUCACACUGCAGAGAAACCUUACGACUGCAGCGAAUGUGGGAAAGCCUUCAGUCAGCUCUCUUGCCUUAUUGUCCACCAGAGAAUUCACAGUGGAGAUCUUCCUUACGUAUGUAAUGAAUGUGGGAAGGCCUUCACAUGUAGCUCAUACCUACUUAUUCAUCAGAGAAUUCAUAAUGGAGAAAAACCUUACACAUGUAAUGAGUGUGGGAAGGCCUUCAGACAGAGGUCGAGCCUCACCGUGCACCAGAGAACCCACACCGGGGAGAAGCCCUAUGAAUGUGAGAAGUGUGGUGCAGCUUUCAUUUCCAACUCACACCUCAUGCGACACCACAGAACCCAUCUUGUUGAAUAACAAGUAAGGAAGAGGAAGACCUCCAGCAUUGGUCAUAACCUUCUGCCUCCCUAAUGAGACACCUCUUUGCUGUUUUCUUCCUCCUCUAUAAAAGUGAGGGCUAUGUCCUUAAAAGUUAGAGUUUUCAGGAAUGCAGCACAAAACACAAGAAAAGCAUUUCAGAGGCUAAUUUAAAGAAAACAAAAAGUAAGCACCUAAAGGCAAGGACUUUGUUUUAACUGUACCUUAAGCGGUCAUGUUUUCUGAAGUGGAAUGUGGCUUUCUUAGGAAUGGGUCAUACAAAGUUAAGUGGUAAUGAUGCUAUUUGGGGAAAGGUCUUUUUUGCUUAAUUUUGUUUUUUAAAACUCUGAUGAUUGCUUAAGCAACAGGCAGGUUAUCUGCCUGGUUGAAUUCUGGUUGAACUGUGUAUUCUAAUAUUUCUGGUUAAGUGGUGACUAGGUAAGGAAACCACUUGGGGUAUCAGUUCAACAAUUCACUUAUGAACGUUUAUAAGCUUUCCAUUUCCUAGGUAAUUUUUAGAAAGUCAGUCAAAACAAAAAAACUUUACUGAAAAUGGACAGAAAUAGGAAAUGGACUUUUUCCUUACUGUCUAUACCUCUUGAACCUUGGUAUUGUAAAAAUCUGGGGACCUCUGAGUCUAUUCUGACCAUUCCCUAGUCUGCAUGGCCAAGCACUCAAGGAUUGAUGGACACCACACACCAGCUAUAUUCAUUUGCCCAGAUCAACAGCUCCUUCUCCAAACAUCUCAAGCCCCCAAUUCCCAUCACAUUCCAUUUGGGUGAGAUGCAACUAACAGCCCCUUCCUGGAUAAAGGAGUCAAAGAAUAAAGCUUGCCUAGAGGCA